AUGAACGGUGCAGCAUUUAUAGUGAUGAUUACCAGUUUAAUCUGGUGGACUGAUGCAGUUUAUCUCUACCAGAAUAAAGACAAAAACAAAGAGCUGCAGUAUCUUCUGGAACCUCCAGUGUACGCUGAGAUAACAGCACACAGAAGAGAAAAUGUAACACUGCCAUGCAUUCUUCAGACCAUACCUUCUCACUACUGGGUUAAAUGGACUAAAGUUAAACCUCAUCAUAAAGGAGUGGAAAAUAUUCUUCUCAUCACUAAUGGGCAUGAGGAUAUGCUCUAUGGUUCCUUGGGACAUAGGGCAACUCUUCGACGGGCUCAUUCCUUUGAUAUUUCUCUUCGCCUGAACAAUUUGGAGCUCCAGGAUUUUGGCCAGUACCGGUGUGAACUGAUUAAUGGAAUUGAAGAUGAGAGUGUCACCAUCAAUCUGAGCAUUGAAGGGGUUGUGUUUCCCUAUCAAAGCAGCCGUGGUCGAUACAAAUUAAGUUACACCGAAGCCAAAGAGGCCUGCAGAGAGCAGGAUGCGACACUGGCAACAUACACACAGCUCUAUAGAGCAUGGACAGAAGGUCUAGACUGGUGCAAUGCAGGAUGGUUAAACGAUGGGACGGUUCAUUAUCCGAUCCUGUCCCCACGUCCAGCCUGUGGGAAACAACGUCUUCCUGGGAUUCGCAGCUACAGGCCUCAGGACAGGAUUCAAAAGCUUUAUGAUGCCUUCUGCUUUACUUCUACAACAGAGGGUUCAGUGUUCUUCAUCUCAGGCCCGCUGAGUUUUUUAGAAGCUGUUAAUGCCUGUAGGGAGAAACAAGCAAGUUUGGCCCGUGUAGGACAACUCUACUCCUCCUGGAGGUUUCUGGGACUGGAUCGCUGUGAUGGAGGCUGGCUACAGGACGGUAGUGUCCGCUUUCCCAUCCAUAACCCUCGGGAGCACUGUGGAGGAAUCCCACAUCCAGGGGUCCACAGUUUAGGAUUUCCCAAUAAGCACAUGAGACAGUAUGGAGCAUACUGUUACAGGUGAAGUAUCA